UUGGAGAAGAACGAGAGCGAGCCAGUAAAACCCCUCCACCCUUCGUAUACAGUCUACGCUCUUCUUGAAACUUCUUCUGCUGCUACUUUUGUUUUUCUUAGAUCUAGACUCAGUUGUCACGUGCAUUGAUCUCUCUCUCUGAUUCCUAUCCGCGGUAUAAGAUAGCAGAGAAGAAAGAGAUCAGAGUAGGAGGGAAAUGGCGCUGGCCUUCGACGAGUUCGGAAGGCCCUUCAUAAUAAUUAAGGAGCAGGAGCAGAAGACCAGAUUGAGAGGAUUGGAUGCUCAGAAGGCCAACAUUUCCUCAGGCAAAGCCGUUGCUCGCAUCCUCCGCACCUCACUCGGCCCCAAGGGCAUGGACAAGAUGCUUCAGAGCCCCGACGGUGACGUCACCAUCACCAAUGAUGGUGCAACAAUCUUGGAGCAGAUGGAUGUUGACAACCAAAUUGCAAAGCUGAUGGUUGAACUGUCCCGGAGUCAGGACUAUGAGAUUGGUGAUGGCACAACUGGAGUUGUUGUCUUGGCUGGUGGACUUUUGGAGCAGGCUGAGCGGCUGUUGGAGCGUGGUAUUCAUCCUAUUCGGGUGGCUGAGGGCUAUGAAAUGGCUUCUAGGAUUGCUGUUGAGAAUUUAGAGCGGAUAUCUGAGAAGUUCGAUUUUGGACUGUCAAACAUAGAGCCUUUGGUUCAAACUUGCAUGACUACUUUGUCCUCAAAGAUUGUGAAUCGAUGCAAACGCAGUUUGGCUGAGAUUGCCGUUAAAGCAGUUCUUGCUGUGGCUGAUUUAGAAAGGAAGGAUGUUAACCUUGAGUUAAUAAAAGUAGAGGGAAAAGUUGGUGGGAAGUUGGAAGAUGCCGAGCUAAUAUAUGGAAUUGUUGUUGACAAGGAUAUGAGCCAUCCACAGAUGCCAAAGAAGAUUGAAGAUGCAAAAAUUGCUAUCUUGACUUGCCCCUUUGAGCCACCGAAGCCAAAAACUAAGCAUAAGGUUGAUAUUGAUACAGUGGAAAAGUUCCAGACAUUACGUGUGCAAGAGCAGAAGUAUUUUGAUGACAUGGUUCAAAAAUGCAAGGAUGUUGGUGCUACCUUGGUUAUCUGUCAAUGGGGGUUUGAUGAUGAAGCGAAUCAUUUAUUGAUGCACAGGAACUUGCCUGCUGUCAGAUGGGUUGGUGGUGUGGAGUUGGAGUUGAUUGCAAUAGCCACAGGUGGAAGAAUUGUGCCAAGGUUCCAAGAGCUGACUCCAGAAAAGUUAGGAAAGGCUGGCUUGGUUCGAGAAAAAUCAUUUGGUACAACAAAAGAUCGAAUGUUGUACAUUGAACACUGUGCAAAUUCAAGAGCUGUAACCAUAUUUGUUCGUGGAGGUAACAAAAUGAUCGUAGAGGAGACGAAGCGCAGCGUCCAUGAUGCCUUGUGUGUUGCCAGGAAUAUCAUUCGCAACAAUUCUAUUGUUUAUGGCGGUGGCUCAGCUGAGAUAUCAUGCUCAAUCGCAGUAGAGGCAGCUGCAGAUAGAUACCCUGGAGUUGAGCAGUAUGCUAUCAGAGCAUUUGCUGAUGCUUUGGAUUCUAUUCCCAUGGCACUGGCAGAGAACAGUGGCCUCCAACCUAUUGAAACACUAUCUGCAGUGAAGUCACAGCAAAUUAAGGAAAACAAUUUCUACUAUGGAAUAGAUUGUAAUGAUGUUGGCACUAAUGACAUGCGUGAGCAAAAUGUGUUUGAGACCCUGAUUGGGAAACAGCAGCAGAUCCUACUGGCAACUCAAGUUGUCAAGAUGAUAUUGAAGAUCGAUGAUGUUAUCUCGCCCACUGAUUACUGACGUGUCCAGGUGUUAUUUCCAGACUUGAGCUCAGUAUUAUGUUGGCUUGAUUUGGUGUCAUGAUUGAGUGUGAGACCCUAUAAUGUUCACUUGGAGGAAGACCGUUUGCUUGUAAGAUUUUGCAGUGCCUUUUGAAUUUGUAGUAUACUCACUUCUGUGGUCGUUGAUUUUGUUGCUACUUUUGGCAAUUAUCUGAUGCUUGCUUCCUGUCA